AUGCCCAAGCGGGAGAAGGCGGCUCCACGAAGCAAGGCGCAGAGAAGCGCCCGCUUACCUGCCAGGGUCUUGUGCGCCGUGUUGCCCAUCCCUCCGUCCUCCUCCUGUUGCUGCUCCCGCUGCUGCUCGUCCUCCUCCUCCUCCUCCGCCGCCGCCGCUCACGGGAUCCGGGCCAUGGACGGGGGCAGGCGGGCAGGGGCGGGGCGGGGCGGGGGCCCGGCGCGUGCGCCUCCCUCUCCGCUGCCUCGGCUCUCGUCCCCCUCCUCCUUCUCCUCACGGACACCCCCCUCCUCGCGGAGCGCAGCCCGGACCAGCACUGAAGCAGCCCCGGCAACAGGAGGCGAGGGAGGACGGGGAGGAGCCUCCGCCACGAGCUGCCCUCCCCAAGGGCCCAGCCCGCCUCUUUCCCGCCCAGCCGGGGAGGAGCCCCGACACCAAGCAUUGUUUGAAAGUUGGCAACCGCCUGCCUCUGCCCUGCUGCCUGCCUGCCUGCCUACGGGCUCCAUUGCUUUGCUUCCUUGCACUGAAUAUGAAACUGACUUUGGGAGCCUUCCAAGAUUUACAAAACGAAAACAAAAAAGUAUGGGGUAAGUUUCGAUUCUUAAAUUUUUGGUGCGGGCCACAUCCAUAUAUCAGAUAUUGUCUCAUAAGUACGAAUUUAAUGAAUUUGACUCCAAUUACAAGGACUAACAAAAAAUGCACACCUCUAAUUGUCAUUAGAAAAAAUUAAUUAAAAUUGAAAGUAAUUGUAAGGGGGCAAACAACUUGUAUAGUUUAAGGAGAAAGAAAAAUAAAAAUGAGUAUUAUCUGGUGCUGCAAAUACCCAAAAACAGUCAACAAGGCUGACUUGUCUGAUGUUUAAGGGAUCAAUGCUAGGUCAGCGGACAAC